AUGCCCCACUACCACGCCGUCGCUCUCUCACCUCGCAACUGUGCCAGUUUCUUCCCAUGCUUCCACCACCGCAGAAGCUUCUUUCACCAUGGGCAACAGUGUCCACCGAUGCCCACUCUUCUGCCAAGGACCGGGAAGGAGGCGGCCGGGCCGACCGGCUUCCGGGGUGUGUCGCCGUCUGCCCCGCGGCUUCCCACACUACAGCAAUUUGUCAUUGAGAAGCAAGGCAGAUUUGAUCGUUCCUUCUGGCACACUCGUGUCCUCACCAUCGACACUGCGCACGGCCGACUGUACCUCAGCAAGGCCCACAAGGCCGAAAACCUGGACCACCGCUGCAUGAACCGUAUCGACUCGGUGGAGCUAUGGCCGGCAUUCAACUCGGAUAACAUACCCGAGUAUUUUGGCAGUGAGCUGGCCAGGCGGACAGUCUAUGUGAGGGGGCUGGUGGGUAUCAAAUCCGAGUCGUUUUUCACGAGGUGGUUCAGAAGCAGCGACGCGCGAACGAAAGAGGCAGAGGUGGUAGCUGCAAACGUGGCCCAGACCCGUGCCUCUGCUUCCCGAAGCGAGCCACACGACAUAGAUUUGGAUGGUCGUCGGGACACCAUCGAGGCAUCCGUGCUGUAUCCCGUUGACAGCUAUAUGCGUUUCGAGGCAGAAAUUUGGUUGAUCCGCUGCAUGACUCUGCAUGACCUACAUGAAAUGGCUGACGCCUUCCGCGCCGCGAUUCCGGAGGCGUCGCCUGUGUUGAAAGGCUAUCAAGCGCUGAAGCAGAGGUUGGCGGGCUCGGACUGA